CCGGAGGACUCAGCGAUCGCUCGGUUGCUCGGCCUGCAGGGAAGGCGAGUUGAUGGUUGGCAGGCAACGAGACUGACCGGCGUCCGUGGAAGAAGAAGCAGCAGCAGCGGGCCCAGGGGUGGCGGGCAUCAUGGCUCACUGCGUGUACCCGAGGCCGGGCUCAGGGUCGGGGUCGAUCCCGGUGUUGGAGCAGGUUGGCUGGGCCAGCGACAGACACGCACGGAUCCUGCUGGCCCAGAUCAACCGCAUGAGGGCCCGCGACGACUUCUGCGACGUGCGGCUGCAGGUGGAGAGCCAGGUCUUCAGCGUCCACAGGCUGGUGCUGGCCGCCAGCAGCCCCUACUUCGCCGUGCUCUUCGCAGGGGGCUUGCAGGAAACCGGCCAGAGCCUCGUCCACAUCCACGGCAUGGAGGCAGAAAUCUUCACGCUGCUGCUUGACUUUAUUUACACCGGUGUCAUCAGUGUCAGCAUAAAAAAUGUACAAGAGGUGAUCCUUGCUGCAGACAUGUUGCAGUUAACUGAGAUUGUGAACAUGUGCAGUGGAUUUUUGAAAGGGCAAAUUGACCCCUCAAACUGUGUUGGAAUUUAUCAAUUUGCUGAGCAAAUUGCCUGCCAUGAUCUUGCCGAAUUCAGUGAAAGUUAUAUUUAUGUCCACUUUCUGGAGGUCUGUAAAACUGAGGAGUUCAUGGGAUUAGCCAAAGAUCAAUUGGUUAAAAUUUUAAAAAGUGAAGAACUCCAGAUUGAAGACGAAUAUCAAGUUUUCACAGCUGCUAUGGAAUGGGUUCUUCACGACAUGGUCAAAAGGAAAAAAUAUGUGAUUGAAAUUCUGGAUCCUGUUCGGUUCCCUUUGCUCUCUUCACGGAGAUUAUUCAAGUAUAUCGAAGGUAUUUCUGAUUUUAGUUUACGAGUUGCCCUGCAGAAGUUGCUGGAGGAAUACAGGGAAGUCAAUAAACCUCAAAAAGAAAUCAAGUUUAGUAAAAUGCCACCUGCAUCAAAGAUUCGUCCUCGAAGGAAAGCCCGGAAGUACCUCUAUGCCAUAGGUGGUUACACACGUCUUCAAGGAGGUCGAUGGAGUGAUAGCAGAACUCUUAGUUGUGUGGAACGUUUUGAUUCAUUCAGUCAAUACUGGACAACUGUAUCCUCUCUCCACCAGGCUAGAAGUGGGUUGGGUGUUGCAGUGCUCGAGGGGAUGAUCUAUGUAAUUGGUGGUGAAAGUGAUUCCAUGAUUUUUGACUGUGCUGAGCGAUAUGAUCCAGUUACUAAGCAAUGGGCAGCCGUGGCCUCCAUGAAUUCUCCUCGAUGUGGACUUGCUGUAUGUGCCUGUCAUGCUGCUAUAUAUGCUCUAGGAGGCUGGGUUGGAGCAGAUAUUGGGAAGACGAUGGAAAGAUUUGACCCUUCGGACAAUAAAUGGGAAGUUGUUGGUGACAUGAUAGUCCCUCGAUACUUCUUUGGUUGCUGUGAAAUGCAAGGCUUAAUUUAUAUUGUUGGAGGUUUAAGUGACUCGGGGUCUGAGCUCUGUUCAGCUGAAAUGUUCGAUCCCAUUGCAAAACGUUGGAUGACAUUGGAGAGUAUGAAAACAAAACGAGCAUAUGUUGGAGUAGCAGCUCUGAAUGACUGUGUUUAUGCCGUCGGAGGAUGGAAUGAGACCCAAAAUGCUCUACGGACAGUAGAGAAGUACUCCCUUCAGGAGGAGAAGUGGUUUGAGGUUUCAUCAAUGAAUGUGGCAAGGGCAGGUGUUUCCGUCAUUGCUGUAAAUGGGCUCCUUUAUGCAGCAGGAGGUCGAACCUCAGGUCGAGAUUCUUCAGCUCCUGUUACUCUAGACUCUGUGGAAGCCUAUGAUCCUCACACCGAUACAUGGAUGGAAAUCGGGAACAUGAUAACGAGCCGCUGUGAUGGAGGUGUAGCCGUACUUUGAUUGUUGAUGACUGUAUCUCAGAUAUUAACUAAGAGAUAAUCUCCCAUCAUGUAUUUCCGUUGUAAUGAAGGAAAUUUUCAUGAUUUAAACAGCUGUUUUUGGGUUCCAACUUGGCUCAGCAUAGAUUCACUGUCACAAAACGUAAAUAGAAAGUACAGGCCAUUUGCACUUCAAGCAAGCUCCUCUAUUUGAUGAUUUGUGGUAGAUCUCAAUUCUUUCCUCACUAGCCCUCUAUUCCCAAUGACUUCAGUUUAAGAAUAUUUUCUGUUUUCAAUAUUGUCAAUCAAUGAGCAUCCACAGCUCACUAGAGGUAGAGAAUGGCAAAUAUUUAAAACUAUGUGGAAAAAAAUUAUCUUCUUCAUAUUUAAAUAUGUAAAAUAAAACGAUGUACCACCCAAUUUGUGCACAACACACUUGCACAAAUGAUCGUGAGACACUGACGUACUAAUCUGUUGUAGUGAAAUUGAAUGAGAGAUGAAUAUUAGCCAGGAAUCUUUUUUGAAACAAUGUCAUUAAACAUGGAACAUCAGCCAAGAUUUACGUACUACGGUGUAUGGAGUGAGAUUUCAAUACCUCUCUUCUGAAUUAGUAGCAGAUUCGUACCAACUAACUCAUAGGUGACACUAAUCAAACUGACUGAGCAUACAAAUAUUUCAAUACUGUACAUUGAAGUUCAGGAAAAAAACUUGAAGCAUUAUCCAGCAUUUUGUAUAAGCCUUUAAUUUAUUGCAUAUUGGUGUGUGGAUGUUUUGAAUGACAUUUUCAGGAAGUCAUAAAGUGAUGGAACACGGACAGGCCCUUCAGCCCAUGAAGUUCGUGCCGACUACCAACCACCCACUAACAUUAAUCGUAUAUUAAUCCCCAUUUUCCAUGAAUGCAGCCAGUGAAAGUUUACAAUGGGAGUGUUCAAUAAUACCAGUGCCUUUUUUUAGUGCUCUCCAGUGUCCCUAUUGUCUUUGGAGACAAUUUUAAUCAUUAUUACAACAUCUAACAGCACACAAUAUUGUGAAUUUAAUGGGUAUUGGUAUUAAUUGUAAUUACUUUUUGUAACUAUUUUCUUAAUAAAUAUGUUGAACUAUGUUGAAUUGAUUUUGCAUAUGUCAAAAAAUACAAACUAGUGCAUUUUGAUUUUAUUUAGAACUAUAGAAUUUCGAUCAUUUAAAUAAUUGGAACAGUAUUUCAUCUUUGAUUUUAAUUCUCCUAUAAGGUUAACUCUUCUUGUAUCCUUGAACUCCUGUACUUUUGCAAACACUCAAAGUACUUAACAUUUGAAUUUACCGUCAUCGAUCACCCUAAUAAAUAUGCAUUCCUCACAAACAGACCCUUCAGCCCACCUUGUCUGCACCGAUCUUGAUGCCAAUCUAAAUCAAUGCCAUUUGUCUUCAGAAGGUCCAUAUAUCUGCCUACCAUGUGCCUGUCGAAAUGCUUCUUCAAGAUUGCUAUAAUUUCAGAUUCUACCAGUUUCCCUGGCUGUGCAUUUCACACACUCUGCUUGUAAAUAUUAACUUGCCUUGUAUUAAAAAUAUUUAAAACCUCCUUUAAAUAUAUUCCCUCACCUUAAAUCUAUUCACCCUAGCAUUUGGUAUUUCCAUCCAGGGAAAAAUACUGACCAUCUAUCUAGCUGUAUCCUCAAAACCUGGACCAACUGGCUAUAAUAUUCAUGGACAUCUUCAACCUUUAUUACAGUCUGAGAUCGCCACCUGCUUUAAAAGGAUGCCCAUAAUACUAGUGCCCAGGAAGAGCAAGGUGACAUGCCUCGGCGACUGCCAACUGGUGGCACUUAAGUCCAUAAUGAUGGAAGUGCUCCAAGAGAUUUUAAUGCAAAUCAAUUCCUGCCUCGGUAAUGACUUGAAUCCACUGCCACAACAAAUCACUAGAGGGUGCAAUCUUCCUGGCUUUCCACUCUGCGGUGGACCACUUGAACAAAUGAACACCAAUAACAGCUCGGCGCUCAUUACCAUCAUCCUUCCCAAACUCAUUGUCAAACUCAGGGAAUUGAGUCUCUGCUUCUCCCUAUGCAACUGGUCCUCAACUUCUUCAUCGGCAGAUCUGUCAGCAUGGAUUAGCAAUAUCUUCUUUUCAUUGACCAUUAGCUGAGGGGUACCUUAGCACUGCCAGCACAGUCUCCUGCUCUGCUCUCUCUAUAUCCAGGGCAGUAUAACCAGUAACAGUUCCACACCAUCUUUAAAUUAGUUGACAAUUCCGUCGAAUAAUGGAUAAUGAUAAGUCAGAAAACAGGAGGGAGAUAAAUCAUCUGGUUUAAUAUACCAGAAUAACAAUCAUGCUCUCAAUGUAAACAAACAAAGACCCUCACCACUGUGGCCAUGCUCUCAUCUGCCUGC